AUGAAUGAUUUAAACAACAAGAUUAAAUCAGAAGUAUUACAAGCUUUCUCCAUCACAGAAACAGUAGCUUCAUCUCAUUUUGAUGAUAUCGAAUCCUUGGUCAAAACCUAUUCUGUUGACAGACCCUCAAAUGGAAAGAAAUCCGAACCUACACUUGCGCUGGUGACAAGAGAGAAUCAUUAUGAGGGAGAACAACAAGAAGAAGAUCAAGAACAACAAGAACAAAAAGUUCAAGAACAAGAGCAACGACCAGAAGCUAACAUACAAUCAAAGAAUUAUCAUCAACACAAAAUAAGUUCAAAACAUUAA